GGUCGUGGUGGUGGUGGUAGUGGUGGUGGUAGUGGUGGUGGGUACAGCUGUCACGGCUAAGCAGCCCCGCCACCAGUACCUGACUCAGUGGCCGUCGCGCUCCAACGUGCUCUCCACACCUGUUGAUCCUUGUCUCAGGAUCCCAGCGUCUCGGGGACACACCUGUGUCCUUCCCCCUUAAAGCACCUCUCUUGUCUCCGGAUAAGUUGACUCUUGAAAGAUCAUGAUGUACAGUGUAUAAAAGCAGUAGCUAGGGCAUGCUGGAAGUGCGUAGUGUUACAGUGAACAUAAAGACUUAUGUCACAUGGAGUUGUGUGAAGUGUAAACCUGUUCAGACCUGGGUAUCAGAGCUGAGUCGUCUUUACAGUGACUUCAAAAUUCGAGUAUGUACCGUAUAUUUUGGAAGGUGUUAGUGAGCUUAUUGAGACCUCACACUUCCCACAUUACCCAAUAAGCUUAACGUUAUGUUGUGAAUAACUUUGAACCACUUGCAGGUGACAACAGAAAGUUAGUGUUAUGUAACAUUUUCCAAGAGAAGUGUGAGAAGCGCAGGACAUGGUUAGUGGCGGGAGCGGGGGCUUGUAGCACAUGCCUUAUCCUCGUGCACCAACCCGCACUGGACGCCUCGAAGAUGAAUGGAGUUUACACGCUCAAAAUCUUGACCAAAAGUUGUUUACGUCCUGAAGAAUUAUUCUGGCGGGUGGGAGACUGCGGGCGGUGGAGCUGGUGGCGGAGGGUGAAGAGUGUGAUGUGUGUCGUGGAGGUGUGCAGGUGACUGCUGCUGUGGCGUCUGAUGUGGGCGCCGUGUACAUGGUGGUGGUGUCGGAGUGGUAAUGAUGGGCACAGCUCCCUCCUCUGACAGUGAGGACGGUCCCCAGCACACUGUCACCCUCUACACCAGCAGCAGCAGCAGGAGGGAAGAGGGUGGAGCACCGUCUGCUUGGGACGUGUGUUGUAGCUGUGUCCCAGCCCGUCCGUCGCCCUGCCCGUCCUCCACCACCUCGUGGAUGACACCCUCGCCUACCUAUCACCCCCUCACUAAAGUUCCACAACCACUCCCCAUGAUGACGUUAUCGGCAAACUCUCCAAACUCCGAUGGUCGUCUCUGGCGCACAUUUAGACGGUGCGGUCAUGGCGGCGUGGUGGGCGGGGUGGGCGGUGCAGGCGGCGGCAGCGUAACGGGUAGCGGGUGGCGCGCCGCCCCGAAAGCGGGGGGCGCAGCUUCCGGACCCGGGUCGCCGCCUGCCAUGUCCAAAGGUCGCACGCGGGGAACCACCUCGACAGCGGCCGCCGGCAGCGGCACCAGCAGCAGCACCAGCAGCGCCACCCCCAUCGCCACCACCACCACCACAACGUCUCUCUCCACUGCUACCUCCAACAUGAAUGGAGAGCGACGCUCUGGUGUCGAAGUUGUGCCGCCCUCUAGUCGUCGGCCAGUGAGAACCUCUGCCACCUUCACCUCUAGCAUCAAAGGCCUCCUGCAGCAGCGGGAGGACUCUGGAGGCGGCGGUGUCGGCGUCUUCUCGACGCUGAGACGCUCUCUGCCGCGUUCCAGAUCGGCUUCCUCCCACGUGGAGGGUCGCGCUUCUCAGGAAGAGGCAACGGGAGGUCGUCGCUCCGGAUUGCCCCCCUUGCGGUCUCCCGGGGGCCCGUCUCCCCGUGGCCGGCGAACACUCUCUACUAUGGGCUCCAAAAGACGGUCAGUCAUACUGGAGGAGGAUAAGGAGGCCCUGAACGGUGAAGACUCUACGAGUGCGCCGCCCCCCGCCGUGGGCGGCACUGGGGGUCGGCGGCACUCCCCCCGGCCUCGGCGCUCCCAUAGUGUGCAGGAGGAUCGCCAGUCUCCUGCCAGGGACGCCGUCCUUACUAAACAAUAUAGUGUCGAGGAACGAGUGUCAAAAACUAAUAAAUCUUCCCCUGGAGACGACUCUCCGAGAACUGACGAGGAGCACACCGAUGGCGUCCUGAAAGAAGGGGAAGAAAGAACCCGAGAGGCUGGUACUCUAACAGAAAAAGAAAAAGUGGAAUGUGAACGUGAUGAAAAAGACAAAGAUGAACGUGAGGAAGAGGAGCGACGUGCUCCUGUGGAGGAGGAGGAAGCGGAGGAGGCGGUGGACAAGUCUCCAGACGGACGCUUCCUCAAGUUUGACCACGAGAUCGGUCGUGGGUCCUUCAAGACUGUGUACCGCGGCCUUGACACAGACACGGGAGUCGACGUCGCCUGGUGCGAACUCCUGGAACGGAAAUGGAACAAGAACGAGCGUUUGAGAUUUCGAGAGGAGGCGGAGAUGCUGAAGGGUCUGCAGCAUCCCAACAUUGUGAGGUUCUACGACUACUGGGAGGUGCACAAUGCCAAGCGGCGCUGUAUCGUCCUGGUCACCGAGUUGAUGACAUCUGGCACUCUCAAGCAAUAUCUGCGUCGUUUACGGAAAGUGAACCUAAAAGUGUUGAAAAGCUGGUGCCGGCAAAUUCUGAAAGGGUUGCAGUUUCUUCACUCGCGCGCUCCUCCCAUCAUACAUCGAGAUCUCAAGUGUGACAAUAUCUUUGUCACUGGAACAACUGGUUCUGUUAAAAUUGGUGAUCUAGGACUUGCUACACUUAAAAAUAGAUCUUGUGCUAAAUCUGUAAUUGGCACACCAGAGUUCAUGGCCCCCGAGGUGUAUGAGGAGCAUUAUGAUGAGAUGGUUGAUGUGUAUGCCUUUGGCAUGUGCAUGAUGGAGAUGGCAACGUUGGAAUACCCAUACAAAGAAUGUUCGGGUCCAGCUCAGAUUUACAAGAAGGUCACCACGGGAGUUCGGCCCCAGAGCUUUCUAAAAAUCGAAGAUGAAGAUGUGAAAUAUAUUGUAGACUGGUGCACACGACUCCAUAAUGAGGAAAGACCAACAGUAAAAGAUCUCCUGAAUCAUGAGUUCUUCCAAGAAGACACUGGCAUUAAAGUGGACUUGGGAAACAAGGAGGAAGCUAUAGCCUCGGAUUUAGCAAAAGUUGUUUUAAGGUUACGGGUAAUUGAUGCAAAAAAAAGGAAAGAUAAGCAUAAAGAAAAUGAGGCUAUCCAAUUUGAUUUUGAUAUAGAGAAUGACAACCCAGAUAUGAUUGCAGAAGGAAUGGUAAAAAUGGGAAUGAUCCUAGAGGAGGAUGAACGGUCAGUAGCCAAGAUGAUACAGACACAGAUCCACAAUCUUCAACGGGAACGUGAGGAACGGAGAAAAAAGGACCUUAUGGAGAAGGAGAAGCAACAGUUAGAAGAACAGCAGCAGCAGCUGCAACAACAGCAGCUACAACAGCAGCAGCAGUUGCAGCAACAGCAGCAACAACAGCAACAGCAGCAGCAGCAACAGCAACAGCAGCAACAACAACAGCAGUUGCAACAGCAACUCCAACAACAACCAUUAUUGCAAACACAAACUUCAGUCCAGCAACAGCCAAGUAUGCAACAGCAGGCACCACCUCAACAAGCAAGUCAGCUUGAGCAGCAGCAACAGCCACCACAGCAACAACAGCCACCACAGCAACAACAGCAACCUUCACAGCAACCUACUGUUCAGCAAGAUGUUCAGCAACAACAAAUAGUGGGAGAGGCAAUUCCUCCAGAACAGCAAGAUGGGGUACGAGAAUCUGGUUACUACACAUUGACCUCUGGAAGUGAAAGUCAGCAAGCUUUCACUCAGGUGGAAUCCUGCCCAUCACCUCAGAUACUUACAGACACAUAUUCUCACCUGCUAAAUGACAGGCCUGGUGGCACUGGUUUGGAGUCGCAGACAAACAACUCCAUCACAAGCAGCACCACUACCUUCAAUACCACCACUACCACCACCACUACCACCACCAUGUCCUCCUCCUCCUCAAACACCACCACCACCACCACCACCACCUCUACUCACCCUCCAUUUGACCCCAGCGCUGCCUCCGAGUCAGAGUGCAGUGAGCAUCCAGCUGAUGGGACAAGCAGCAAACAGCACACGGACCGUAAGAAGAUUCGGAAGAAGAAGACCCUCGAUAGAUUUCCAAAGUUGACAGUCUUGAGUGUGACAGAUACAAUGGUUGAAUGCCAGUUGGAAACCAUCAAACAGAAGACUAUCACUUUCAAGUUUGACAUAACAGAUAAUGACCCUCAAGAUGUUGCUAACAAAUUGGUAAUGACCAAUUUGUUACCGGGGAAUCAUGCUGAGGUUGUAAUAAACUACAUUGAAGACAUCAUCCGGCAGUUACAGGUCAACCCUAAUGUCCUCCCAGUUGUUUCCACCCCUGGAUUGGAUUCUCGCAGCCAACAACAUGCUCAAGAGGGCCUAACCCGAUCUCCAUCUUCUUCUAGACGUCAUCGAGAUGAUCCUGAAACGAGGGCUCGAUACCUGGCCAGGAAGCUGAGUCGAUCCUCCCCUAAACGGCGGCGGCGACACAGCUCACAGCACGAAGAAGGAGACAGUGCUCCAGGAACUCCAAGCAAGCGUGCUGAACCCAGAGAGUCUUCUCCUCAAGUCCAGACGAGCCCCAUUCAUCAACAACAGCCUUCUGCAGUUCAGCAGGAGCCACAGUCACAGCAACAGCAGCAGCAACAGCAACAGCAGCAGCAGCAGCAACAGCAGCAGCAGCAGCAGCAGCAGCAGCAGCAGCAGCAGCAGCAGCAGCAGCAACCUCCGUCAGUUAGUCCAGCGUGUGUUGCGCCGCAGCCGCCUGUAGCCUCUCAAGCAACAUCACAACAACCACAGGCUUUCAGGACGUCUCGCUUCUUGGUGAGUCCUGUGGUAGAGCGCAAGCAGAUGCCUGGUGAGGAACCAGGUGGGGGGUCAGGUGCCCCUGUUGUCCAGCAGCAAGUGGAAACUGUAACUCCCACUCCUAACCUUCUCCUGGAUGAAUCCCCUCAGUCAGACUUCAUUCCUGCUUCCUCUACUGCUGCUCUGCUUCCAUCCGUACCAACCUCCUCUGCCUCUAUUGUGAUCCCACCAACACAAGACCAGCAGCAGAGUGAUGGCUUUGUCAGUGGUGUGGGUGUUGCUGUACCAAUGCCUGUGUCAGUCUCACAGCCAGGAUCUGGGGGACCCACUCCUCCACAUCACUGCACUCCGGAGAACACCUACACUUCUGAUCAUCAGGCCAGACUCUCACAGCAGAAUUCUCUGGAGAAAUAUGACAGUGUAACUUCUAACAGCAACCUGUCUGAGCUAGCACGCAAGCUGCAGCAGCUGGGCACCUCAGGAGGCACAGUUACACCAAUCUCAUUGUCGUCAUCACAUACAUUUGCCCCAAUCUCUGCUCCCAGCCAUCCUGGUACUCCUAUUUCCCUGGCUACCCAGCCUACUUUCAGUCAAGACCUUAGCAUGCAACUUGCAGGGGUGCUGAAUUCUGGGGCAUCGCGGUUCACAAGGGCCCUCUGGUCGCCGUCUACCAACUACAAAACCUGCCCAGCCUUCUUCCACGUUUUGGCUCCUGAGGGAGGUAUUGGUGGCAGCAGUAUUGUUGACAGCAGCAACUUAACCUCAACCAGCAUGGGGAUCCCCAUCCAGGAGGGUAAUGUGAUGCAACUACAGGGAUACCACCACAUGAACCGCACAACUGAUAUUCCUUCUAACGAGCUCUUUCAACAGGUUGCAUGUGAGGUUGAGGGCACGGAGGGAUUGCGUACCCUCCCGCUGCCUUACGACUCACCCCACAUGCAUCCACCGGGUGGUGCCCUUACCAUCGUGGUCACUCCCCCCAUACCACCGCUGAGCCAGACCUUGCUGUCACACUCUCAGGGUGGUUUGAGUAUGGGAAUUGAUGAAAGAAGAGGAGUGGCUACACCUGCCAUUCCAAGUGAAUCCGUAGGAACACCUUUGGUUACUCCUGCUGUAUUACACGGUCUGCAUGCCCCAGCUGGUGUGCUUAUGACUGCACCUAUGCCUGGUGGUGUUGCACCUGCAGCACCAGUUGCCAAUGUUUUGGGAACCCCUCCAGUUCCAGUUGAUGCAGCUGGAAUGCCUAUCAAUGCAGACAUGUUCUCAAAUUUCCAGCCAAUACCACAGCCUGCCAUUAACCCUACUGCAUUGCAACAGAUUUCAUUACAAGCAGAGAUGUCUGGCUCUGCUGUCAACCUGUCUGAAGUGGGAGCAUCAACAGCACAAACUGGACAUGAGGAUUCCAACCAGUCUGUGCCACAGUCUGAACAAGUGAUUGGCGAAUCAGGUUGCAUAACUGGGGAAUUGGGCCAGGUGGCUGGAGAGUCAGGUCAAGUAACUGGAGAAAGUGGUCAAGUUGGUGUAGAAACUGGUUAUAUGCCCGUAGUGUCUGGUCACAUAGCUGUAGAUGGUGGCCAUGUUGCAGUAUGUCCAGGAACAGAUCUUCCAUUACAAGUUCCAGUAUCUAUGUGUAUGCCAACACCAGUGGGGUUGGCAAGUGGAGCACCAUCAACUAUGCCUGCAGGAAUGACCUCUGGUAUGGGCAUGACUGGAGCUGCUUUAGGACUUCCUCAUGGAGUAAUGUUGGCUGUGCCCACUGGUUCAGGACAGCGAAGCAGAAUGGAUUUAGAGCAUUUAAGAGAACAGUUACAAAAGCUUGUGCCUGGUGCUCACCUCACAUUAGCCCACCAUGGACAUGAGGAAAAUGUCAGCACUGGAUCUCCGUCCAUUGAUGGUCUACAGCAAGUGUACCCACAGUCAUCUUUGAAUGCCUCUCAAUCAACUAUUGGUGGAAUACCCCUCACAAUGAUGGGAUCAAACACGGUAGCCCAUGGAGAAGGACUUCAUGCCUCUGUAGAUGGGUCUGUAGACACAAGUAUGAUAUUGCCACAGACUGUGAGAUUACCAGGAGGGGAGACUGUAGCAUUAGUGUCUCAAGUUAUGAUGGAGUCUGGCUGCCAUCCACCACUGGGUUAUUCAGCCAUGGUGCCUCUUCGUCUAGAAAAUGCUGGUUUGAGCUCGGUAGGCUCUGCAGAAGCUUAUGCCUGGAGGCCUGCUGCAGUAUCCCCUGCACCAGUUCGAAGUCAUAUAUCCCUGUCUCGGACACCCUCCAUUAAAGAUUCUGAAGACCAGUGUGAUACCAAGCAAAAUCGAACCUCACGUUUCCAAGUCACAAAGGUGGUUGAAGAAGCUGUAAGAAGAACAUCAGACACAUCAACUUGCAGUAGCCCAGUUAGUUCUCCUGUACGUCGUGGACGUUUUGCAGUCACCAAAGUGUCCGAGUCAACAGAAUCUGGAGAAGGUGUUUUGGGAGGUUCUGCCCUGACACCGGGGUUGUCAGAAUCUCAUCCUCACGUGUUCAUUCGUGAAAAUUCACAGGGUGGUACUCCUUCAGACCCUCCCUCCAUCACUCCCUCUGCUCCUCCUUCCAUGACAUCAUCAUUUGUCUCCGAGGACACUCCGGCCACCACUCCAGCUACCCCAGCACCUCAUGUCGACACGUUUGGUCAACACCACUCCUCGACCAACUCCACUGAAGAUCACGUGCCAACCUUGGAAGGCAGCCAGUUCAGUGGUGUUGUUACUAGACCCCCUGGCGAUAGGUGGCAGCCCCAGUCCCAGCCUUCAUCCUCUUCCUCUGCCCUUCCCAUGCAGACACCUAUAUAUGAGGGGGUUUCUUCUUUUCCCUCAGCCACACCACGUCCUCACUAUUCCAAUACAACUGACAAUAAGAUCCGAACUACUCCCACCAGUAAAUCAAGUGCUACUAACCAGCAAACGAAGGUCGAUGCUUUUAAAAAUAGUAAAACUACUAAUUUUAAUAUCCCUGUCAGUUCAACGGUACAAGGAAUCCAGACAUUAUCUCAAAUUGUAGAGCAGCCACUGCAGCCUACGUCUUCAAGUUCUUCACCACCACAUGAGCCACCACCUAUUCUCAGGUUGCCUUCUAGACUGAUUGAUAUUGUAAAAAAGAAGUCCCAUGGUGUUGAAGGAGGUGCAAUUCCCAAAGUUUCUGAAACAAACAAAGCAUUUUCAGACAAAUGUAAAUUUCCAAGAAGUGCAUCUUGUGAUGCUGACACUCAAGUGUGGGGCUCAUUACCUGAUACUGAGUCAGGCAAAAGUGCUUACAGGUUACAUUGUAGUAAGAGUGUUGAGGUACAGACUGAAGACUGUAAAAGAAAAGAAUGUUACCUUUCCCCCUUUUCAUCAUCAUCAACUGCUUCAUUAAGCCCAAAUCGGCUGAUAAAGCCCAAGUCAACAAGUAAUCUCAGCAGUCCAAUUCCUCCUCCUAUUCCACCUAGAAACUCGCCUCCAAAGUCUCCAAUAAAGAAUGCAGGAAGUAUUAACUGGUUGGAUCGAAGUAGUAGCAUUAUAGACUUGGGUAAUUUGUUUGAUGAAGUUAAACAGUCCAAAGAAGCUCUGCAUAAGUCACGAGAAUCAUUAAACCGUUUUGGUGAAAAAAGGGCUUUUAGUUCGUAUAGUCCAUUGUCCCGCACAAAAAGUGUGAGCAGCUUACAGCAUUUGGGAUUAGCUGCUACCAGAGAUUCAGGAUUGUCACAAUCUUCUUGGGAACUUGGAGAUGCAAACAAUUCUGCACCACACUUUCAUUCAUUUCAAGCAGGCAACGGCAUGAAUUUUAAUGAGAUUCAAAAGCCUAGCAUGCUUACAUCAAAUAUAAAACGUAGCCCAGCUCUACGAAGAUUAACUGGACAGGACAGACUCAGUAUUAGUGUUGAGGACUCUGUUUACCAUACUGUUCAUACACCAUCUCAUGCAUGUGCGAGUCCUCGUGCCAAGUCAUCUGGUCGUCUUCUCACUCCUCAUACUCCAGCUUUCCAAGAUGAUGUAUAUUAUACCAUUCAAGGAGGCUCUGGAGUGACUCAGCAUUAUCAUACAGAAGACUCUCGCUCAUGGCAAGCUGUAGGCAGUAUGCCAAUACAUCGCCAAAGAAGUUACUGUCACUCAAGCUCUAGUAGUGAAGAAGGCUUUGAAGAAGAUGAUCCUUUAUAUGAGCCUCUACAUGAAUCUCCAACAAAUAUGUCACCUACAGAAGCAUACAACCCACAUUAUACACUAGAAAUACCUCGUGUUUCCCCAAGAUCUCCAAAGUAUUAUUAUCAUUCGCCUCCCCAUAUAUCUCAUUAUGUUCCUUUAUCUCCCAAAAGUCCUAAACACCUUCGUUACUCACCAAAAUCACAUCACCCAUAUGGUCAUUCACCACACCAGCUUUAUCAGAGUCCUCAGUGCUCCCCACAGUCUUCACAUUACUCUCCUCAGUCUUAUCAUUACCCUUGUACCUGCAUGCAUCAGGGCUACCCCAACCCCCUCUGUAGCCGACCAUGGCCCUCGCCCACAGCCCAGCUUGAAACUGGUCGUUCGUGCUCUUGGACAGAGGAUGAUGAACUGGAAACUGUCCGACUUGACUUAGAAGAUUUUUCAGAGGACGAUGACAGCUUUCAACAACUUCUCUCUAAGCAAGAGCAUGAAGAGGCUGAAUUGCGGCAGAGACACCAACAAGAGAGAGAGGCUUAUAAGGUGCUACGUAUGCAACGGAGGCACCAUAACAAGCGACCCAAGUCGCUUCGUCUGGCCUCAUCUCCUGGUCCUCCACCAUCAGGAAUGACUCCCACUUCCCCUCAUUGCCAAGCUGAUGAUGUACAAACAGAUGGCUGCAAGUUAUCCACAGGGACUAAUUCUGAUUCAGUCUUGAUGUCUGAUCAUUCUAUGGAGUGUUCAUCAGCUACCACCUCAAAUAAAAAGGGACGCACAAUCUCAGAGGACAUGUUGGAGCUAGUGCAGAAUCUAGGAGCUCCCCGGCCAGUUGCGCGACCUCUGCCAGGAAAGAUAACUUUGAACCAGAUGAUGGCCCAACAAAAGUCAUCAGCAACAAUACCAUCUGUAGGACAAAGGGCAUUUUAUCCUUCAGUGGGAAUUGCAGCUGCACAGUAUCAUGGUCAAUACUUCUCAAAUUUUCAGACAUUCCCCUUACCAUACCAGCGGCUGUCAGAUGGAUCAGUUGUGGCUGUUUCCCAAGUAGAUGAUGGUUCAGGAGCUCCAUCUAGUACGAGUAGUAGCAACUCUAAUUUACAACAGCCACCUGCCACAAGUGCCUCCUGGGUACAAUGGCAGCAGCAGUAGGUGUGGCCAACAUUCCAUGUUCCCACUCAGGGACGGGAACCUGCAUCUGUGAUCCUGUAUUUUGUACGUACUCCCUUGUGGAGAUGGACUCGAAUCAACAGCAGUGGAAGCAAUGUCUGCUCGACAGGUUGGCAGAGUUUUUACGUAAAUAACACUUUUUUUUGUGUGUUGCAAAUGAUAAAUGGCACUUGUUCCUUAGGAAAAUGUUAACAAGAUGCUAAGAUGUCAAGGACAGCAGUGUUUCCAGUGCUAGUUGUAGAGUUAAUGACUAGUCAUGCAAUAGAAAGGAUGAAGUUUUCAAAUUUGUGUGGGUGUGCAUUGCAAAAGAUAUAAAUUGAUACCUCAGUCAUCCAUUCUGUUCCUUUUAGAUAUGACUAGAUUUAUUGCUUUCAAUAGUGAUUCCUUUUUUAAUGACUGUUCUAUAACAUUAUGAGAACAAAUAUAUCUUUUGGACAAAACUGAUAAAUCAGAAUGAAACACUUCCCUCUGUUCAUUAGUUAUGGACAUGAACAAGGGACAAGCAGUGUAAAUGUUGUAAUAUAUGUACAGAAAGAUUUGUACAGUGAGGGGGAUUGUGAUGGGGCCUGUGAUGAGUACUGGUUUAGGGAUUGAGAUAAUUUGGCCCUAGUCAAAUACAUCCAUAUUUGGGCAAGCCAAUGCUGAUCGGUCUUCCAGCAACAACUUCAGAAGGUGAUGCAUGCACAUCGUAUGAGUAAGCCCAAUUACUGCACUUGAUUAGUGGGUCUGCUCAAAGUGGCGAGUGUUGUUUGGAAGUUUUCACAGAAUCAUCAUUGAGACAGCUCAGUGUGUGGUUAUCAUUUUCAACAAAAGACUUCCUUGUAUUAAUUGCACAUUGCAUUGUAACAGUAAGGGAUUGGGAUUCACAAUGACACAAUCUUUGUGAUUAAAAUUGGUGCUACUGCCUUGCUUAUACGCAGUAAUUAAUUUGUUUCUAGAAAUCUGUCUAAUAGUAGAACAUAUGGUGGACUGUGGAAUUUGAAAAUUUAAAGCAGCCUGAGAGUUGAGUGCUAGAAGUGUAUAAUCACUUCACAGAUAGGGAGUUGCAUUAGUUUUGUGGAGAACAAUUACACCAUAAAUUCAUCAUGGGAACAUGAUGAGCAAAACCUAUUAAUAUUUGAUAUUCGAUGAGAAUUGGAAUCCUGAUGAAGUAUAUCUCCUGAUUCUACAUCGCAAAGGUAGACUUGAUAUAAUAGUAGCAGUGCAAGUGCCAUUUCAGAUACAUUAUCAGCAUCAUAGCACCCAAGUACAUUGGAAAUCUGUACUAGGUGCCAUAUAUAUUAUAAUCUGUAAGGGUGUCAUGGUGAUCAGUAGCCAAUUAUUCAUUCACUUUUUUUAUCAUUUGUGGAUCUGUUUUUUAAGAGCUGGUAGAUGAUGUAUAUCAAAUUUCAAGUGUUUGCCAUUGAAAUGUGUGUGGCAGUGGCCUUUUGACUGUAGCGAUAAACUUGUAUUAUAUUCUGUAGCAUCAUUUGCAUCUGAUACUAGACAAGUUACCUUUAUCCUGCUUCAGUCUUUUAUCAGUAAUUCAUGUGUCAACCCUCACUGGUUUGUUAAACACUUCAGUGCUUAUGCUAACUACCAGUUAGAUAAGAGCCAUCAUUGCCAUGCCAUAUGCGCCUCACUUGCAUUUUGUUUAUCCAUCUUACCGAGGUACUACUAUGCUUUUUAAGCUUAUAAACAGAUAUGUAGUUAACACAAUGUCAUGUGCCUGCCUGUAUUGAAAAUAUUUCUCCCAGCAAUAGAAGCAGACUUAUAACAUUAUAGUUUCUUCUUGUUGCUCUGCAACUGUGAUGUUGAGCCAAGGUGGUGCUGAGCUUGUCCAGGUUUUAGGCACCUACAUAGCCCAAAUAGGAUUUGCUUUUCUAGAUUGCCUCUAUUGAUUAUUCCUGUUCCUGUUUCCUAGAGUAAUAUUGUAAUAUAUUUUAUAUUCAGUUUCAUAAUUUUUGAAAUGUAAGUUACUAAAAUUCCUUCCAUUGCUAUUCUUAAGUUUGUAUUGAAUAUUUAUCUUGAUUUUGCACACAAGUAUUAGUGGACAAUGGGACUCAGCACUUCCCUGCCUUGGCAUAUAGUCCCACUUGCAGCCUGCCAUGCAGUUGUCUGCUCAUUGAACAAUAUUCCACGGAAGUCCACUCAUUGUGCUGUACGAUAUCUUGUAAGAUAACUAGAAAUGAUUCAAUAAAAUGGUGCAAAAUUUUCUUUUCUUAUUUUGCAGUUUUUAAGUGAACCUUCCAUCUAACAGUUAACAAGAAGCAGUAAAUUAUUUUGCAUAUAACAUGGUCUUCAACAUUAAGAAAGAUUAAAAAAAAAGAUUCCUAAUUACCAGACAAUGAGUAAUAUAAUGUUAAUGGCAGGACACGUUAGGGGAUGAGGGAUCUACACUAUUUGAACAAAUCUUGCAGUAUUUAAAAGAAAUUAUAAAUUUUCUAUAAUUGUAUUCUGGAAUAAUUAUAAAAAUUAAUAAAAUAAAUUUGAUUGA